GCCCUCAAACCCUUUACAACUAGGUUUUAUAUGUUCAAUUGGUGAAAAAAUUAGUAAUAUACAAGAUACUCCUUCAGCUACUAUCAAUAUAUUUUAUAACAAAGUAUUUGAAACUCAAACUGAACAUUCGGUCUUAAAAAUAGAAUAUUCAUUACAAAAAGAUCUUUUAUAUGCUAGUUCUAGUUAUAUAUCAUCUUUAAUGUCAUAUCACGAAGAUAAAAAUGAAAUACAACAAUUUGUCGGUAAAACACCAAUUGAUGUUUGGAAAAAAUACGGAAUGUAUCAAAAUAAGGAUCAUUUUGUACUUUUUGGAUUAAAAGAUCCAAAAGUCUAA